AUGUUCGUGAACGGCUGGAACUUUCUCGUCCAGGUCUACUACAUUCCUUCAUUCUACCAAUUGGUCUAUGGCUACUCAGCCGUGAAAUCCGGAGCACUACUUCUCCCCAUCACGCUCACACAAACUCUCUUCAGUACCCUGUCAGGUCUUAUUGUACACUGGACCGGUCGUUACAGAGAGUGCCUACUGGUAGGCUGGGCGAUAUGGGCGAUUGGCUUGGGCCUGAUAUCGACACUCGAUAACCCAUCUCUCGGAAAGCAGAUAGGCUAUGGCCUGCUCGCUGGUCUUGGUCUUGGCAACACACUGCAACCCUCACUCAUCGCUGUUCAAGCGGGGGUAGAGCGCAAACACAUGGCUGUCGUCACCUCGACGCGCAACUUCGUGCGCAAUCUUGGCGGCACCCUUGGCCUCGCGAUCUCAGGCACUGUGAUCAACAACGCGGUUCGAUCAUCAUUGGUUCCGUACGGGCUUUCGAAGCCAGAAAUCCGGCUGUUGCUGGAUUCGCCAGACAUGUUUCAGGAGUCGGUCGGCCAAGAGCGUACCGAUCUCGUCAGAGCUGCACUUGCAGCAGCGUAUCAGCAGGGCUUCCGGAUUGUUUUCAUCGUCGGCGCAGUGCUUAAUGCGCUUGCAUUCAUCGCUGCUUGGUUCUUGAUGCCUCAGGUGGAGUUGAGCAGAAAGGACGAUGCUCAACUCAAAGAGGAAGGCAAGAACAGAGACAAGGAAAAGCGCGGCACAACUUCCCCUGCAUAA